AAAAAAAGAAAAAAAGUUCUUACUUCUUCAUCGUCGUUGUCUUCUUCUACUCUGUACAGAGUCCAUACCUACUCUUACCUUCAUUCUACAGACAGAGAUAUCGGAAGAAGAAAAAACAAAAUCGUGAAAAGAGAUUGAAAUUACUUAGAAGGAUGCGUGAAUAGAUUUGUAUACGUUCAUUCGACUGUGUGUAGCUCUCUCAGUUGUUCGUUUUGCUUAAAGUUGGGAUCUUUGGGAAGAAACAAACAAGCUCGCGGUCUGUUUGAUCCGACGCCGUUUUCGUAGUUUUGAUCCAGAUUUUGACUGGUUCUAGCUGAAGAAGCUUGUUUAUACCUCCAGAGAUGUGCUGUGGAGUACAGCGUAUUUGAGAUUGAGGUGUUGCAGUAUUCAAUAAAGGUUCUUUUUUUAAUGAGAUGAAGGCAAUUAAAGGGUGGCUUCUAGGCAGAACAAGUUAUAUGCAGUCUUUGCCUGGUGCUCGUCACCGUACUCCUUCAAAGAAACGAGUAUGGAUCAUCGCAGGGGUUUCUCUGAUAACAAUGUUUGUAAUUGGUGCUUACAUGUUCCCUCAUCACCGCAAAGCUGCUUGUUAUAUGCUUUCAUCUAACGGAUGCAAGGCGCUUACUGAUUGGCUUCCACCCUCACCGAGGGAGUUUUCUGAUGACGAGAUUGCAGCUCGUGUAGUGAUUAGUGAAAUGUUGAGCUCCCCUCGUGUCAUCAAAAAGACUUCGAAGAUUGCCUUUAUGUUCUUAACACCUGGUACUUUACCUUUUGAAAAGCUAUGGGACCUCUUUUUCGAGGGUCAUGAGGGGACAUUCUCAGUGUAUAUACAUGCAUCAAAGGAUACGCCGGUUCACACCAGUCGCUACUUUCUUAACCGUGAAAUUCGAAGUGAUGAGGUGGUGUGGGGUAGAAUAUCAAUGAUUGACGCAGAGAGACGUUUGUUGACCAAUGCUCUUAGAGAUCCUGAAAAUCAGCAAUUUGUUUUACUCUCUGAUAGUUGUGUGCCACUUCGAAGUUUUGAAUACAUGUACAAUUAUAUGAUGUACAGCAAUGUCAGCUAUGUUGACUGCUUUGACGAUCCUGGUCCACAUGGAACUGGCAGGCAUAUGGAUCACAUGUUGCCGGAAAUUCCAAAGGAAGAUUUUCGAAAGGGUGCACAGUGGUUCUCAAUGAAGCGUCAGCAUGCUGUAAUAACUGUGGCAGACAGUGUUUACUACUCAAAAUUCCGGGACUACUGUCGGCCAGGCGUAGAGAAGAACAAGAACUGCAUAGCGGAUGAACACUACUUGCCAACAUUCUUCCAUAUGCUUGAUCCUGGUGGCAUUGCUAACUGGACUGUAACAUAUGUUGAUUGGUCUGAGAAAAAGUGGCAUCCAAGAACAUACAUGCCCAACGAUGUCACGCACGAGUUACUGAAGAACCUCACGUCCAUCGACGCAGUUUCACGUGUAACAAGUGAGGGAACGGGUGAAGUAACAUGGACACCAUGCAUGUGGAACGGAAUCAAAAGACCUUGCUAUCUCUUUGGAAGGAAAUUUCAUGCAACUACCCUCCAUAAACUGAUCGACCUCUUUUCAAACUACACAAGCAUGGCAUAG